UCGCUUUGCUCUGAAUCUCCUGACAGUGUACCGUACAUUUGUGUGCUUUACUCUUUGUUGCCACUUGUGCCCAUCCUAAAGCUCCACGUGUUCGUCCUGUGCGUUGCUGAAUCCACAGUACACGGAAGAAUAACUGGCAACGAGUAUUUACUUGAAAGAAGGAACAAACGGUGGAGGAUGAUAAAUAAUUGAAUGAAUGAAUAAGUGUCCCCACUGUACAGACCAGACGAGGGGUGAAGUUGAGUUGAAGUCAGAUGGCAGGCAGUGGCCCUGGCAGCACCAGCUUACCCCGAAUGCUUCCUGCGAAGCCUUCCAGUGUGGAAAAGCUGCUUCUCCCUCUGCCGUUAUCAUCCCUGGCACUCAGAAUACAUUGGGGGUUGGGGACAAGGCUACUGAGCCUCCUCUGUGCCAGCCUGUUAUGGCAGCCACACACAAACUUCCUGAGCUGAGAAUUCUCCCAUUUUACAGAUGAGAAAAUUCAGUCUCAAAGAAGGGAAGUGGCUGCUCCUACAGGGGAUGGCAAGGGUGCGGAGAUUCCAACUCAUCCCUCAUUAAGCCCCAAGGUGGCCUAAGGGCAAAGCUGUCAUGUAAUCAGCAAAUAUUUCUUUGUCACUGGCUGUGCCAAGAUUGUGCCAGGACCCCUCUAUUCUCUCCUUUAAAAAGUUGAGGAAACUGAAGCCACGACAAGGCAAGGGAGACUUGCUGUUAGUGAUCAAAGCCAGAUCUAGGACUAGCAGCUAUUGACCCCAGCACAGGGUUCCCAGAGUGUUGGCACAAAUCAUAGAUGAGCUGAUUUGUAAAACACCAAAAGGCCGCGUGCUCCCGGCUGCAGGGGGAAAGGAGGCCGAGUGGCACAGUAGAGCCCAGCAGAGACCUGCUGCCAGCCAUUGUGCGCGGUGGUGACGGGGAUCUGCCAGCCAGCCUGCGCGGUUCCUGCAGGGCCACUUUGUACGGCACCCAAAGAGGGAAAUCUGUGACUAUGGAUUUGUCGCCAACUCUCCAACCUUGGUCCCCAAGGCAGAGUGAGCUAAUGCAGCUUGGUUAUCCAGAGCCCCCAGGCAUGCGUAUUCAGGUCAGGGGACGAUCCUGGGAAGACCCUCGGCGCCGUCGGCAGCGCUGACCCUGGCCCGGGGCCCGCCCUUCUACCUUAUUUCAGGCUUUUCUCCUAGGCGCACUUGAUCGAUCCGGGAGUACCGACCCUCGCCAGGCCUCUCCUUCCAGUCCCCAAAGAUCCUUGAGCUUUAAGUGGCUCAAAGCCCUAAGCUGAGCCGGCGCCGCGUCUGCGCGGCGGGCCAGAGGGCGAGUUCGCUUGGGACGAAGCGGCGGUUCAGGGGAGCUCCAGGCCCGGCCUCUUCUGCGGGUCAGAAUGCAGCGCAGCCCGGCGAGCGGCUGGGGAUCUGGCAGCGUCGGGCUGGAACUGAUAACCCGCUCAGAGUGAUCACAACGCACCGUCCCGGUCUGGAGUUCAAGUUUAGAUGAAAAGGACGCGCCUGCCCUUCUUCGGGGGUUCCUCCGGCUCGUGGAUUCGCUGUAAGUUUUUUGCACUCAGGAAACCUCCCGGAUGCCCCUUGAGCUGAGCCGACACUCGCUGACGACCUCCCUCUCCUGCGCGUCCCCCAGAGAUGUGGCCUCCGGGACAUCCCACUGCCAGUUGCGGAGUCAGGUGCCCUGACGCCCGCGCAAGUGCGCUCGCGGGCUCCGCCACCUCCGCCGGGCGUCCCGGCCACUCAUCCACGCCCGUGCCAUAACCGCAGCGACGGAAAGAAGUACGGAGGCGCCACCCCAGGGCUCCUAGCCGCCCGCCCUCCCGGCUGCUGGCCGCGCCCGCUACCCGGUAGCGGGUUUCAGCUAACCGCCCCCACCCCAGAAGGCAGGCGGAAGGUCACCAGUUCCAUGCACAAACUGGCAGCGCACCCAAGCGCGGGAGUCCCCUUCUCACCCAGGGGCUGCCUUAGUGAUUCCUGAGCUCCGUUAAGAGCUUGGUUCCGCUAAAGCGCAAAUUCCGCACUCAAACAUUUCCUUUCAGACGGGCGCCCCAAGUCCUUGUGUCUCUUUCCGGCCUGCCCUUCCAGCCGCUCGUCCUCUCUUCCUCCCCGGUGGGCCUCCUGCACUGCUCUAGCUGCCCGCUCCGAUCCUUUGGGGACUGUAGCAAGGUGGGGAACCGCCGACCUGGUGCUCGGCCUUUCUGGCCGCCCCGCGCGCUCCGUGGCCUUUCGUUGCGCGCUAGCCACAGGGUCGCAGCGCGAGCCGCACGGGAGGGGCGAUCCCUUCCGCGGCCCCACCUCUGGCGUCCCUGGCACUAGCGGAAUAGGAGCGGGGAGGGGGCGGGUGUUUCUCCGCAGAGGAGUGGGGAGGCAGCUGGGCGGAUACGCGCGAUGCCCCAGAGCCUCGAACCAAGGAGAGCGCAUUGGUCUCGGGCUCAGCGCCGGCAGAGCGCGGUUCGCAUUGCCGCGGGGGAUGGAGGCAGGACACCCGGUGAGGCAGAAGCCUUGGGCCGGUGUCAAUCGCUCGGUGAAGGUGGGGGCGAAGCGCCGCGGUGGGCAGAGGGGGUUCCUGCCCUGGACUCCGCUCUGGGCCGGGGUAGGGGGCGCAGCGCUGCCGCCAGAGUGUUCAGCAGGGGGCGCUGCUCCGGGCGCUGGGCGGGGUGGGGUGGGAGAGGAGGGGGGGCCACCGCUGGCUGCGCACACUUCCCCCAUUAUUAAACACUAUGUUCAAAAGGCGCCGGGGGACUUCCCGGAGCCACGGAGCCCUCGCCGCCCGCCCUCCCGGCCCACGGAGCCCAUGGACCUGAGUGCCGCCGCCGCGCUGUGCCUCUGGCUGCUGAGCGCCUGCCGCCCCCGCGACGGGCUGGAAGCGGCCGCAGUGCUGCGAGCGGCGGGGGCUGGGCCGGCCCGGAGCUCGGGGGGCGGCGGCGGCGGGCGGACCCUCGCCCCGGCUGCAGGCGCCUCGGCUGUCCCGGCCGCCGUGGUUCCCGAGGCCCGCGCUGCGCGCCGCGCCGCCGGCUCGGGCUUCAGGAACGGCUCGGUGGUGCCGCACCACUUCAUGAUGUCGCUUUACCGGAGCCUGGCCGGGCGCGCUUCGGCCGGGGCAGCCGCGGUCUCCGUCUCAGGCCACGGGCGCGCGGACACAAUCACCGGCUUUGCAGACCAGGCGACCCAAGACGAAUCGGCAGCCGAGACGGGCCAGAGCUUCCUGUUCGACGUGUCCAGCCUUCCCGACGCCGACGAGGUGGUGGGUGCUGAGCUGCGUGUGUUGCGCCGAGGGUCUCCGGAGCAGGGCCCUGGCAGCGCGCCUGCCCCGCCGCUGCUGCUGCUGUCCACGUGCCCGGGCGCUGCCUACAGCCCGCGCCUGCUGCACUCACGGGCCGCCGAGCCCCUGGACGGCGCUCGCUGGGAGGUGUUCGACGUGGCGGACGCCGUGCGGCGCCACCGCCGGGAGCCCCGCGCUCCCCGAACCUUCUGCCUCUUGCUGCGCGCGGUGGCCCGGCCGGCGCGGAGCCCGCUGGCAUUGCGGCGGCUGGGCUUCGGCUGGCGGGGCGGAGGCGACGCGGCGGCGGAGGAGCGCGCGCUGCUCGUCGUCUCCUCCCGCUCGCAGAGGAAGGAGAGCCUGUUCCGGGAGAUCCGCGCUCAGGCCCGCGCGCUCGGGGCCGCUCUGGCCGCGGAGCCGCCGCCCGACCCGGGACCUGGCACCCGGUCGCCGAGGGUAGUCAUCGGUGGCCGCAGGCGGCGGAGGACGGCGCUGGCCGGGACGCGGGCGGCGGCGCAGGGCAGCGGCGGGGGCGCGGGCCGGGGCCACGGGCGCAGGGGCCGGAGCCGCUGUAGCCGCAAGCCGCUGCACGUGGAUUUCAAGGAGCUGGGCUGGGACGACUGGAUUAUCGCGCCGCUGGACUACGAGGCGUACCACUGCGAAGGUGUUUGCGACUUCCCGCUGCGCUCUCACCUAGAGCCCACCAACCACGCCAUCAUCCAGACUCUGCUCAACUCCAUGGCGCCCGACGCGGCGCCCGCCUCCUGCUGCGUGCCCGCGCGCCUCAGCCCCAUCAGCAUCCUCUACAUCGACGCCGCCAACAACGUGGUCUACAAGCAGUACGAGGACAUGGUGGUGGAGGCGUGCGGCUGCAGGUAGCGUGCGGGCUGGGGAGGGGGCAGCCUUGCCGCCGAGGACCCCAGCGAAGGAGCAGCAGCGGGCCAGCCUGGCACGGAGCAUGGGUGCGCGUCCGACUCUGGCCCGGCCCUCACGGAGGAGGGAGAGCACACGUUCACACGCACACACCUUCGUUCACUCAUGCGCACGUUUACCGUGGACAGCGUCUGAAAGCCUUGGGAAGACACGACCUGACCUGCCGCUACUGACUGUCACGGCCUUGUGUUUGCAAACAGAUCACCAUUGCGCCCACUGCCCCGUCUGGGGAGAGGAAGGUGUUUGUGUUGGUGUUACAGUUACAGGCGCGAAAAAAGGGUAGAAAGGGGUUAGGAAAUUGGGGGCUCCUGAAGGGUGAACUAAAGGGGCAGUCGAAUACAUUUUAUCUCACUCCUCUUCGUUUCUGCCCGGUGUGGGGCGUGGGUGGCUGAGUUCCCGGUGCCCCCUGUGACCGACUGAAAGGCUGCAGCGCCCUUUCUGGAGGGUUUGCAUUGCAGCGGGGGCAUGUCCUCUGGGAAGAAACCGCUGCAAAGGACAUCUUUUCUCAUUAGCUUUAAAAAUUCGACGUGCCCCCUGCCUCAGUUUUGCAAGGGAAGUGUUGUCUGGAAGAAUGUGCUGCAGAGCUUCCCAGAUCUCUGCAAGGGUCAGCACCGCCCCUUUUAAUAAAUUCCAAUUGGAAAUGAUCUAGAAAGUGGAAAGAAUAUUUUCCUUUCAUGGGGGAAGUGCAAGCUGCUGAGUCUGAUCUGACUUGACAUGGGGGUGGCGUGGGAUCCGCCCGGUCUGAAGCCCCGGAGCUGGGCAGAGGGAGGUGGUAGCAGUGCCUUGGGGUUGCUGAAGAGGAAGUUAGUGCCCUGGCUGGGAACGGGAAGGGGGGAAGUUGCUGCUUUUCCUAGAGACCUGCCUGGAGGUUUUCCUAAGAAGCUGGCGAAGUCUCAGGACUCGAGCGUCCUCAGGCCAGCCCCAGCAGAGGACACAGGUUGGUCUGCCAGGUAGCCACAGCCCCCUACAAAUGGCAUACUCUGAAUGGCUGGCACGUGCUUGGGCUCAGCUAUCAAGUCGGCCUGGGCUUCUGCAUGCUCUCACUGUGUUGUUGCUGUAGCUUUUGGCAGUGUGAUAGCAAUGGGAAGUGAAGCCACACAAAAGUGCUUUUGUCAGAAUUAAACUCACAACCCAGACCCUGAGAGCAGGAGGGAGGGCCGCCCCCUCCCCUCCUCAGCCUGGCCUUGGCCUUCAGAAGGGCAGGGCCCUGGUGUGGGGGAGCAGAGGUGGAAGCCUAUCUCCUCAUUUCUGUAUUUUGCCCCAAAGAGCCUUACUGAUGGUCAGAUUUUCUGUUCAUGUGAAAGUGAGCUCGAGCAUGCAGCCUCCAUUGUUUUAUUUGACUCCUUCGUGGCCUAUUGUGAAUGGUUGGCAGAGGGAAGAGAAACUGCUGGUCUGGGGGCCUGAGGGCUGCUUUGCAAACCGCUGCAGCCCUCCUGGGUGCUUCUGUGUGAUGUGCUGGGUUUUCUCCUUUGGGGUCCUGGAGAGGCAUUAACUCUUCCCUUGUCUUAGAUGCUAAGGUCCAGGGACAAUUCAUAUACAUUUUAAUUCUUAGUGAUGACACUCCUGAAACACAGAGAGAGAGAAACUAAAGAUUUAGAUACAGCCAGUUUAUUUAAGAGUCUCAUCUGAGUCCUUUUCAUCCUGUAAAAUUUCCCCAGAAGAAAGGAAACAUGUAUAAAUUAUUCUUAAAAUUAAGAUUUACCCCUUUUCAUAACAUGACUUUGUAUUCUUUGGCUAUGCAAGCAGCUGUAAAUAACCAGGAAACAGAACAGUCUCUUCAGGCUAAAAUUUUUAAAAGUAUCCCAAAGUGGCUGUUCUGGUACAAUCCCAUCCGAUUUUAGUGACUAGGAAAAGAGGGUUCCCAAAUUUAUGGGUUUUGCCAGAGAAGUCUCACUCUUGUUUUCUGAAUGAAACUUGUAAUAAUGAAGAAUUUAAAAAAUGGCACCAAAGCGUUAAAAGUUGUAGUAUUAGAAGGUUUAGAAGGGAAGUCAACGAAAAGCUACAGUUAAACAUUAUUUUGAAGAAAUUUUAGUGUAUUUAAUAUCUUUGGACAAAUGCAAACAUUUUGAUACUUGUUUAGGGACUAGGAAAAACAAUAUUUUUGGAAGAAAUUGUCUUGAUUUAGCCUGAGAUUUUUAUGGUAGGGAAAAAAAUGCCCAUUUUCCCUGUUUCCUUCUGAUGAUUUCCUUCUGAUGUAUGUUGCAAGCAAUGUUGGAAGUGGGUGUCUCCUUGUGUCUCAAG